UAGUCAAUAACAGUGGAGACUCAGAGAGGUCGUCGGGAGCUCUGAGGAGAAACUUUGCUGCUUUCUGCUCGGAGCAGCAAGUUGCAGCAGGACUCUGAGCGCCGGAGAUGCCCUGAGAAGAGCUGGGAGUUGAUAACCAAAAAAUACUUUUCUACCGCCUGGACGCUCGCAUUUUUUUAAACAGAGGAUUGCAAUGGUGGAUCGACCGGCGUUAUGCUUAGAUAUGGAUCAGAGGGCAGUGUGUGUCGGAUGCCACCGGCUGAUCAGAGACAGAUUCCUGCUCAGAGUUACUGACGGCCUCUGGCAUGAGGAGUGUGUGCGGUGCGCGGCGUGCGGGGACGCGCUCAAGAACUCCUGCUUUCUGCGAGACCGCAAACUUUACUGCAAGCGGGACUAUGCUGAUCUGUUUGCAGUGCGUUGUGGGAGCUGUGCGGAGGCCAUCUCUCCCACAGAGCUGGUCAUGCGUGCAGGGGCCGCUGUGUUCCACCUUCGCUGCUUCACCUGCAGCGUUUGUUCUUGCCGCCUGCAGACUGGAGACCACUGCGUCCUCAGGGAGGGACAGCUACUGUGUGCCAGAGAGGACUACCACCAGUGUCUGGCCAGCCCGACCUCCUCCGACACAGGUAAAAGCGAUGAAGAUGAAGAAGAAGAAGAGGAGGAAUCUGGGAGGGUUACAGGCAGACGAGUCAGAUCAGAAGACCUGGAGAGCAAACGUCCUAAAAGGCCACGCACUAUUCUGACCACUCAACAGAGACGGACCUUUAAAGCCUCCUUUGAGGUGUCAUCCAAGCCUUGCCGGAAGGUAAGGGAGACCUUGGCAGCAGAGACUGGUCUGAGCGUCCGGGUUGUGCAGGUCUGGUUCCAGAACCAAAGAGCCAAAAUGAAGAAACUGGCCAGAAGACAGCAGCAGCAACAUGAGCAGCAGCAGCAGACUCAGGAGCACCGUGAACACCCAUCACAUCACACAGCGCCCUCCUGUGGUGGUUUAACCUCUGAGAUGGAGCACCUGGGGUCUUCCUAUACUCACAUUCAGCAGCAGCAGCAGCAGCAGAUGGGACUCACCACACUGGAGCAGCAGGACUAUGACAUGGACCCCUUCAGACAGGGCCUGACCCCACCUCAGAUGCCAGGGGAUCACAUGCACCCCUACGGUUUUAAAGGUCUGUACGGUGACAUGGACAGAGACCCUCUGUGUCAUGUAGCUGACAACGACUGCCUGACCCUGGGUGACUCCUCGCUGCUCACCCCUAUUGACCGCCUCUACUCCAUGCAGGACUCUUACUUCGCCUCGUGAGGGUGGAGAUCAGACUCAGUGAGAAGCGAUGCAUCUCCCUCACUCUGCAUCGCUCUCUGGUCUCAUCAUUUAUCUGUCUGUACCGUGCACAAGGUAGUUGAAGAAGUGGUUGCGAAAUCACUGCCAAGGGGACGUAGGUACACUGUGAUACCAUGCAAUAUACCAUGUGCACCUCCAUAUAAACACGAUUACACUACUGCCUCCUAUGCUUUACAAUCCCACUGUACAACACAGGCUCCUGUGUAUGCAUGAUACUGUCGGACCUCUCUCACUUUGUUUGAAUGUUAGAUUAUGAGAUUAUAUCUGCAUCUAUUAAUGUAAAUAACUGUUUGGGUGUGUAUUUGUAUUUAUUCUCACAAUGUGCGUAUGCUGUUCAUCUUGAAUGACUCAACAAUGAUCAAUAAAUAACAUACAGUGAA